CGAAGAACCGCCAUGAUCAAGCGCAGUGCUGGGCUUGCGGCCUCCGAUGCUGGAUCAUCGCAUGGGAUGUGUGCGCUGCCCGUUUUGAGCUCGAUCAGACUACCUGAUGAUUUGACCAGAACGUUUAGGAAUCAUGUUAUGCUCUGGUUUGGGCUAGAGGGAUUUGCUUCGCCUCAAGCUGCGCCCAUUUCAUUGUGGACAACCUGUCCAGAUACAAGACGAUGAGCUGACGCCAAAGCUCCAUGAUGUUUCGCUGCGUUUUGAACGUUUUUCCACCCUUCUUGUUUCUGAGCCUUCUCGGGGUUUGUUCGUUGUGUUUCCAUCUUCGAUACACUCUUGCUGGUGAGUCAGCACGUGCCCAGGCCUGUCCGCUCGACUCCGAGUGCGCGACGACGUUGGACUCUGUUGUCAUUUACACGCACCCGCGCAAGCACCCGCACACAGCUACACAGACAUAUUCGUAUCUAUAUGCACGUGGGCCCCCGCGCGGAUUAGGUCCCAAGAAGCACGCGUCGGAGACGCCCUCUCUAGCGACGUCAACAACCACACCGACGACCACAACGACAACGAGAACAGCAACUUGGCAGGAACCCCAGUAGCGGAACCCCCGCGAUCACGGAGCGACGACGGUGUCUGGUUCCCGCCGUCACGAGUUGUAGCUUGGCAGGACUUAGACUGAUGAACGACAGAGAGGGCCCACCAGAUCACAGCUUGCCGCUCUGUUACGUUUCAGAGCGCGCUAGACAGUUUGGGCCAACGUAGUAUACAUCAAUUCAAGAUAUUAUCUCCUAACCUCUUCAUCCUGGAUACCUUUACUUUGCUCAUGAAGGGUGGCUUGGAUAAUUUGAAGCGUAAAAGGGGUAAACCUAGAAAAGCCAUAAAAGCCCGGAAGGAGAGUAAGGAAACGAUGACUGAGAAGCCAAUGAAUUCAGACGACCAAAGAUCUCCAGGAGAGAUUUUCAACAAACACUAUAGCAACCUUAAUGGUCUUUCAAAUGAUUACGAACAACGAAAAAAGGAUCUCAUAAGCCGAGAGAGAAAUAUUGCCUGGGAUAAGAAGGCUAUAGAUACUGCAUCCAAAAUCGAACAGAGAGCGGGCACUAUCAUCUGGAAGAUACGCGAACACGAGCGUGACAAUCUAUUUGGAAAUAUAGCAUCCGAGGCAAUUCCAGGGCCAGAAACGCUCGAUAUGGGCGGGCAGUUCCUUUCGAACAGAGAACGGGUAGUGAAGCAGAGUUAUCUAUACCGGAUUGCACUCAAAAUGCCCAAAGGUUGCCAUCUGCAUCUUCAUUUCAAUGCCGAGCUGGCGCCAGACAUUUUGAUAAAGAAAGCCGGAGAGCAGCCAAACAUGUUCAUCCGAAGCACGCAACCGAUUCUUUCGGACAAGGAUUAUGCUGAGACCGAGAUCGUUUUCAAUGUUUUGCCAGAAGACACUCCGACGGCCGAUAUCUGGUCUCCGGAUUACAACCCGGAUUUCAAAAGUGCUGGAGCAAGGCCGUGGAUGAGGUGGGCAGAUUUCCAAAGCGAGUUUCGAAAACGACGCAAGCACGGCGAAAAUGACGCAGAGGAAUGGGUGCGAUCAAAGAUGGUUCUUAGCGAACAAGAAGUCUAUGGGAUGGAGCAGACUACGAAUGGCGUUUGGGCACGUUUUAACCAGGCGACAAGAGCCUUCAAGGGAUUGAUGAACUACGAGCGUGUUUUUACGUGGUACAUUGGUCAAGCCAUCGACAACAUGAUUGAAGACGGGGUCAUGUACGCAGAGCUACGGCCGAUGCUGAUGGAUAAAUCCAUUCCGUCCAACAACGGAAAGGAAAUGCUGGACCAUCGGUGGCAGAUGAGAACCAUUCUCGAACAAGUCAAACUCAAGCAGGAUGAGCUCCGGCGGGAUGGCAGGAUUGACAAGUUCCCAUUCGGCCUGAAGAUCAUCUACUGCGCCCCGCGCUCUAUCCCCAAGGAGAGGAUGCAGCAGGAAAUCAAAGAUUGCAUCAGGCUCAAGCUUGAAUUCCCCGAUCUGAUAUGCGGCUUCGAUCUCGUCGGUGCAGAAGACCGAGCAAAUCAUAUCGGCUUUUACCGCGACGAGCUUCUUGCGAUGGUCCAAACGUGCAAAGAACUGAACAUCGACAUACCGUUCAUGUUCCAUGCAGGAGAGACGCUCCUUGAUCUCGGCGGCUCGAAGGACCCCUACAACAGCAAUCUUUACGACGCCGUCCUCUUCAAUGCUAAGCGGAUAGGACACGGCUUCUCACUCCUUAAGCACCCAGUCCUUGUCGAGCAAUUCAAAAAACGGAAAAUAUGCAUCGAGCUGUGCCCGACUUCAAAUGAGCUUCUGCACUUGUGCAGGAACAUCAAGGAGCAUCCCUAUCCACAGAUUCUGGCGAUGGGCAUCCCCUGCACUGUGAAUUCGGACAAUCCAAGCCUGUUUACGAACUCUGUGUCUCACGAAUUUUACCAGAUCAUGGUCGGAAGCCCAACCAUGUCCAUCCAUGGCUGGCGGCAACUGGUGGAAUGGAGCAUUCAGUUUUCAUGUUUACAGAAAGACGAGAAAGAUGCUGCUGAACAGAUAUUCAAACGGGAGUGGACGGCGUUCUGCCAGUGGGUAGACCGGGAAUACGGUAGUUAUGCUGACACGUUGGAUAUAAGGACAUGACAUUCUCCCCCUUCUUAGUUUCCGUUUAAGAUGUCCUGCUCGAGCGCGACUUGAAGAAAGGAUAAGAAACGAAGAUUUCUGUCCCAGGAGCAUCACGCAGGUUAUAAACUGUGCGUUUUGUUCGUAAUUCGACGAUUUUUAGAUGACCGAAUUUCUCACCCAAGAUGAGGUACUAUAUUCUCAUGACAUAUAACAGGCCAUCAACUCACCCUUUUUCGAACU